AUGACAAUUCACAAACAAUACCCUCCUCGUAACUACGAGACCUUCCCUGAAGACACCCCAUCCGAUUCUCUAACCCAAUCUCCGGCCUCAUACCACCGAGGAGAUGCAGAUAAGACAAGAUCCGCUGCAGCCGAAGCCCAAAGAUUGGGCUCACAAGGCUCAUGGGCUGAUAACUUCGCUGGUGGUACGCCAGCGACGAACAGAACCCCAACGGCAUCAACAGUUGACGGUGAUGAAGUGAGGGAUGUUCAAUAUCCACAUUUGCCGCAAGAACCAGAUCCGUCGGACCCUCCACCGGUCUAUACACCAUCCGAUACUACGCAGGCUCAUUCACAAUCGCCUGCCACAGCGGCGUCUCCGGUUGUUACAAGAUCAGGACCAAUUUCAGAGCCCGUAAGCGCUCCUGUUACAGCUUCUUCCUCCUCCCAAUCUCAAGCCCAACGCCCUUAUCGCGAUGAGGAUGACAAUGCCUCGUCCUGCCUGCCCGAGCCUGUUCAGCAUCAACACCACCACCACGACGAUGAAGAAGUAGUUGACAGCCUUCCCGCCUUCAUGCAAUCUUCCGAUAAUUGCUCCUCGAGGAGAUGGUGUGGAGGACGUCGCUUAUGCAGAGCCCUUUCCAAAGAUCCACGUUCGGAGUUCCCUAACUUCGGUUCCCAACCAAGCUCUUCUCCUUGGCCUGUCCCUAAACGCGAACAUCGUGAGCAUAAGACCUACCGCUCUAUUACGGGAACAUAUCAGUUAUACGAUUUACUCGAUCUCUCUACGACUAGCGGCAGUAUCUCGAUCACAGUGGAUGUUCGACCGGGCGACAAACCCGCCGUCCUCCGGCUGGCAACCAUGACCGGGAGCGUCCACGUUCGCAUGACCUCGGGUGGUGGAUUAUUCCACAAACCUUACGUGUCUGAGCCAGCAAGAACGAGAGUGUUGAUGACUGAGAUCUCAACGCAGACCGGCAGUGUGUCUGGAGACGUUGUGCACGGAAACGGUGGCUCUACCAGCCUCUCCACCCGUACUGGAUCUUUGUCUCUGACAGUCUACACGGUAAGUGUGUCAGAGCAGAAUCCAGUCUCAAACUUUUCCACGUCCACACACCAUGGCAGUCAGAGCGUGAGAGUCCUGGCUCCGCUUACCUCGAACGAGGCUGUCAGAGCCAUUGAGGCAAAGCACACGGUGCAUGGAAGUGGGAGCAUGAGCAUUCGGUACCCCGUUGAAUGGGAGGGAAUGGUUCAUCUCCAGACCCGUGGCACAGGGAGUGUCAAUGCUCAUGGACGAGACUUGAUUGUACAGAGAGAGGGUCAUAGCGAGCUAUACGGCUAUAGGGGCUCGAAAAAAGGAAAGACGAUUGAGAUCUUGGAAAUGGGAAGCGGGAGCAUCAACUUUCAAUGCUGA